UUUUUAGUUCAGAGACUCACCUUAAGGUGAAAGAAAUGAUGUAAAAUCAUCUGGAGGUAGGGAAAACCUUGUCGAUAUAAGUUUGGGUUUGUUUCGAUUUAACGUGAUCGAGAUUUAAAGUGAUCGAGACAGAUGAUUCGUGAGGGUAAAAUUCCCUUGGUUAUUUUGUCAGCUCUCUAACUUUUUACACGGCCUGUUCUCGUCUGUUGUAGACGACAGCGCUAUAAUGUAGGGAGCAUACUACAUCGUUUGGGUACUUUCAAAAAUGCGUGUUCGAUUAUGCGUGUUCAGACGUAUCGCAGCCGGAUGACGUGCAAGGGAAGUAGCAUCUUGUGUACAUUCAUGUUUAUAAAGCGCGCAACAUAACUCCAGCCAGAGAGCACGCCGGCAUUCUGGUCAACGAGAAAACAUUACAAGCUCCCGUUUGUGAUCAAUUUCACAGCUUUUGAUUUAAGUCGGUAGGCGGUCUUUGUUUACCAUUCUCGAUGUGUUAACUAAACAUUGUUGCAUACAGCAAUGAAGUUUGUCUUCGUGAAACGACCGCUUAUUACGAAUCGUGUCUACUCGUCGUUUUGCCCAUUUCCCAGACGUGUUGCUCGUCUCGCGUAACUCGUCACUCAACAGUGCUGGGUUGUCAAAGUUAACAUCGCCACAGUGCAUCGGUAAUUUCAAAUCCAUAUCGAUUAUACUGAAUUGUUGUUUCUGUCAUUCGUUUGCUGAAUUCGAAGUUCACACGAGUUAGUUUUGUUGGUGAAGUCGGAGACAAAGAUUAAUAACGUAUGACAAGUUUAAUUGGUGCAGGACGCGCUUUAAGCGAACCAUUGGCACAGCUCUAGAUGUUUGCUCUAUAUAUAUGUGCAAUAACUCAAAAUCGUCAUUCAAAUACACGACUGCAUGCAACAUAGAACGCUGACACUGCUGUUUAGUACUGUACCGUUGCGUGACAUGUCAUUCUUUGUGGAGCUCAACAGGAUCAUUCUGCAGUACAUUCACAGUCGCGUUCAAGACAGAAGAAUUGGUAUUGCGCGAAGUCUAGAAGGCAUCUUUACCGUGAUUAGCGAUGUUCUUUCCUCGGUAGAGGGCCUUGAGCCGCGAUUCAUAUCGUCAUUUAAGAAGGAAAAUGGCCGUUACACCGGACUUCGUGUGAUCACAUCGACGCAUUUCGAACUUCAACUCUUCCUCAAUCAAAUGGGUGUGUUUAAUUUCAUUGACGACAACUGUCCACCGGGAUGUGCGAUGCUGAAACUCAGCGAUGAACGCAAACGCUCCAUGUCUCUGUGGACCGAAUUCAUCACGGCAUCGGGCUAUCUUUCCGCGAAAAAGAUGCGAGCUAGAUUUCAUUCGCUUGUCACAGAAGCCGUCGCGAAAUGCUCGUUUAAGGAAAAGGUUCGCGUGCAGCGUAGUCUAUCAUGUACCGUGCUUGUAAUUGCCGAUAAAUUCUUUCUGACACUCAUUCCAGCUUUUAAAUGCGGUGCGAUUUGGCCGCGCAACAUUUGCAUUUGGCCAACUCACAAUCAACUUUGGCCGUCCCAGUCUGAAAUCGAACUUGUGAAACGUCGUGGUUUUAAUCUACUAGCCGGAGACAUGUUCCCCGGGUAUGAGAUGCAAGCGGCCGAAGGCGACGCAUGGGUAUUGGAUUUUUUUGAAGGAGAAGAGUUGCUUUUGCACGCCAAUUGUCGUAAACAAUGUUUGGCCGUACUCAAGACGCUGUUCGAAAGGCACUUAGAUCUUCCGGACAAGCCUAUUCAACCCUCGUUGAUGAAAACAUUACUUCUCUAUGAAUGUGAAAAGCAUCCGUGCGAAGACGAAUGGAGGGAGAACUCGCUAGGGGAACGCAUUAACGCCAUUCUGCUGCAGUUAAUCUCUUGCCUGCAAUGUCAUCGCUGCCCCCAUUUUUUUCUCAAAGGUGUGGAUCUCUUUAAGGGAAAGUCUGCCGAGUCGUUGAACGCUGCCGCACAUCAGACUUGGAAAAUUACUCGCGCAAUCACAACCAAUCCUUUUUGCACGGAAAUUUUAUGACAGUUUUUGUAUUCGUGCAAUUGUACCUGACCUCAUCCAUUCGCUACCAAUCCCCACUCUACUAAAAUUAUAUAUAAAUUAUAAGAUUUUGUUGAGAUGUUGCUACAUGGCCGAACAUCAUUGAAAACUGAAGAGUUAAAAGUUAUUGAGUUCUAACAAUUGAAGAAGUAGUUUUUUGUGCGUUGUUCUUUUAGUUUUGUUGGUUAUUCAAAGGUUUCUGGAAUGCUUCUGAAACUUCCUCUCGUACUAAAGCUUCUCGACAUCCGCUUUGGAGGCUGGUUUCAAAAUUAUCGUUGGUUUGCUCAUGAAUCUUGUAAAUGUAUUCAACGUUUUCACUCCAUUGUUGUGUGAUUUUGACUUGAAUGAAUAUGAAAAUCUAUCAACAAA